CCCGGCUUGUCUGACUCUGCUGCACCUACUUACCUGCACCUGGCUUGCAUCCUGACGGCUGCCAAACUUACCUGCUGCUGCACCCACGGUCCUGCACCUGGCCUGCAUCCUGGUCACUACCAUACCUGCCUGCUGCCGCAUCCACGCUCCUGUACCUGCACCCGGCCUGCAUCCUGGUCACUGCAUACCUGCCUGCUGCCGCAUCCACGCUCC